AUGUUCUCUACGAAGGUCAAGAGUACCGCGAAACGCAUAGUGGGAUAUCCCGAAGAGCCCGUGCCCGUUGUGACCGUAGGACAAUGGGUCCACAAUCGGUGUCGUGAUCCCAAGCGUGGUGUGAUACGCUAUGUUACUGGCCUGUUUCCAAUCUUCAGUUGGAUCAGCCGAUACAAUUUGGGAUGGCUGACAGGCGAUGUCAUCGCUGGUAUUACAGUCGGCAUUGUUGCCGUGCCACAGAGCAUGUCUUAUGCCAAGCUCGCCGACCUUCCCGCUGAAUACGGUCUUUAUUCUACGUUCGUUGGUACUUUGGUCUACGCGCUUUUUGCAACGUCUAAAGAUGUCAAUAUCGGCCCCGUGGCAGUCAUGUCGCUCACUGUCGCGAAGAUCAUCGAGUAUGUCGAGGACAAGCAUCCAAACGUGUGGAGCAAGCCUCAAAUCGCCGUUACUCUCGCCUUUAUUUGCGGUUUCAUCGUGCUCGGAAUUGGUCUUCUGAGGUUGGGGUGGAUUGUCGAGUUCAUUCCUGCACCAGCCGUGAGCGGCUAUAUGACCGGCUCGGCGCUCAAUAUUGUGUCCGGUCAGGUGCCUGGUUUGAUGGGAGAAUCUGGUUUUAACACUCGGGCAGCCACUUACAAAGUCAUCAUCAACUCGCUCAAAUAUCUCCCAAAGACGAAGCUCGACGCGGCAUUUGGAUUAACGGGUCUAGUCUGUCUCUAUAUUAUUCGCUGGACGUGCCAAUACCUCAUGAAGCGGUAUCCUAGAAGACAGCGUGUAUUUUUCUUCAUCUCCGUCUUUCGGAAUGCCUUCGUGAUCGUCAUCCUGACCAUAGCGUCAUGGCUGUACACCCGGCAUAGGAAGAGUGCAAAAGGAACCUACCCUAUCAGUAUUCUAGGGACUGUCCCUCGGGGCUUCCAGCAUAUGGGUGCUCCUACCAUCGAUCCGAAGCUCAUUUCUGCCUUGGGUAGUCAGCUCCCGUUGGCCACUAUCAUCCUGGUCCUCGAACAUAUCGCGAUUUCCAGAUCUUUCGGUCGCGUGAAUGGGUACACGGUCAAUCCCAACCAGGAGCUGAUAGCGAUUGGCGUUACCAACACAAUCGGCACGCUAUUCGGCGCAUAUCCCGCGACCGGCUCGUUCUCCCGUUCUGCUCUUUCAUCAAAGUCGGGUGUUCGUACACCUGCCGCGGGAAUCCUCUCAUCGAUUGUCGUGCUGGUCGCCUUGUACGGUCUUACCCCCGCGUUUUACUGGAUCCCGAGCUCCGGCCUCUCCGCCGUGAUCAUUCACGCCGUAGCGGAUCUUGUCGCGUCCCCGCGCCAGGUGUACUCGUACUGGCGUGUCUCUCCAAUCGAGGCCGUCAUCUGGUUCGCUGCGGUUUUAGUCACUGUUUUUGCAUCUAUUGAGGACGGUAUUUACACGGCGAUGGCCGCAUCCAUGGUUCUGCUCCUUAUACGCGUGGCUCAUCCGCGCGGAUAUUUCCUCGGCAAGGUCAAGGUCCGAGCAAGUGCACAGUCGGACGCAGAGUCCCGCGACGUCUAUGUCCCACUUAAACCAAAGGCGACCCUCAUGAACGACGCUGUACAGGUGACUCCUCCUGCUCCCGGAGUCAUCGUUUACCGCUUCGAGGAAAGCUUCCUCUACCCGAACUCUUACUUUCUCAAUUCCGUGAUUGUCGCAUACGUCAAGGCGACAAUGAGGCGCGGCAAAGACUACGCUGGGGUCAAGCUCAGCGAUCGGCCUUGGAACGACCCCGGUCCACGCCCAGGUCAGGACGAGAGCGCUGAAAAUAUGCUCAAGCCUGAGUUGCGCGCAAUCGUUCUAGACUUUUCUGGAGUAUCACAGAUAGAUACGACAGCCGUUCAAGCCUUGAUUGACACAAGGACCGAAGUCGAGCGGUGGGCUGAUCGGCCUGUCGAGUUCCAUUUCGCGACAAUCCUUUCCCCUUGGGUGCGCCGCGCUCUGAUCGCUGGCGGUUUCGGUACCGGAGCGCCAGCAUCCAGCCUGCCUACCGAGAUCGCGGCCGUCGUUCCAUAUCGCGGUGGUCAAUCCAUGACAAAAGCUACUGAUCAGCAAAUGGUCGACGACCUAGAGUCGACCUGGCCCGUCAGCGAAGAGCCUCGCUUCGACACGGAAGAGACGGUCAGCCUUGAUCUCCAGGACACGCCAUUCUUCCAUUUCGACCUCGUCAGCGCUGUUCGAGCUGCAGAGAGCGGAACAUUGUCUAGAGAGUCGGACUCCUCAAGCAUCACAAAAUCGGAGGACGUAUCUUAUGACAAGGCUGUUUCGGAGAAGGAUAUGUGA